AUGAACCAGUGUGUUAGUAUCAGCGACCUCUUUGGGUACCCGGAAUCUUACCUUGGCGUCACAAGCGGCCGGGUCGCAACCACCACCACCCCCUCCACCCCCAACCCCAACCCCAAUGUCUCCAAUAUCACCACCCCCAGUGUCAAUACCAAUUCCACCACCAUCUCCAUUGCCAAUAUUGUUACCUCCGUGGGAAAUCUUGUCUCCACCCCUCGGUCCACCCCGCUUUUCUACAGCUUCUUCUCCAGUGAGCGCAGUGACAACAGAGCAGCACAAAAGGGUGAGAAGAGAAAAUCGCAUUUUAGAGAAGGCGUCGUUUGCUAA